AUGGUCCGUGUGUAUGGCAACAUCGAGAAGUUUGACAUGCUGUUUCAUCGGAGUGGAACAUGCGCUGGUCAGCCCCGUGGGUUUGCAUUCGUCACGUACAAGCUGAGGCAAGAUGCUAUUAAGGCCAUGAACUCAUUGAAUGGUCAACUAUUGGGCUCUAAAAGGAUCUGUGUUAAAUUUGCAAAGAGUACAGAUGAACACGAAAAACCCAAACCAGAAUUGGGCAUAGCUGCUUUAGCAGGUGCUAAACCAGAACUUAAACUCAGCAAGAAAACUGCCAUCCAGUCAAUUGAAGCAAAACUUAAAAUGAUGGAAAAUAUGAAAGCGGGUGACGAUUUUGUUGUGAACAAAUUGGCGGCAAAUGAGGCACCAGUUAUUGCACAGUAUCAGACAAGAACACACCAACCACCUAAUAAGUCCAUCAGCUCGUUCAGAAGACGACAUCCUUACCAUAAAAAGAGAUAG